AGUCAGCCCAUGGCUCCAGGCCCGCCUGGCGAACUGACUCUCAGCCCGCGCCUGGGCUAAGCCUGGCUAGGAGCAGCAUAGGUACUCGAGCAGUGGGCCCCCAGGGUCCGAGUGCUCUGCGCCCAGCGCACCGAGGGAGCCAAGGCCGUCGGGCCGGCGCUUUCCGCUGUCUCUCGCAGCAGCUCAGGGCCGCGCCCCCUGGGCUGGCGUCGUGCCCUGGCCAAGGAGAAGGUGGGCACCGGAACGUGGCCGCAGCGCUUAUCUGUGAAGCAAUUUCAGUCACGUGCCAGACUUUUUCUUAAUUACAAACUGAUAGAUGGUCCAUAUCUCAACUAACACUAUUGACGCUGUAAGAGCAUCAGAACAGGAUUCAAGAAUUACAAUAAAAGCACCAGGAUAUCUUUUGAAACACUGACUACUUAAGAGUUGCUCUAUUAAUGCCAUUUAACUUUCCUGAAUAAAACAAGAUAUUUCCAAAUGCCAAUUUGAAACAUAUCUGUAUUAAUGAAGAGUGACUGCAUGCAAACGACAAUAUGUCAGGAAAGAAAAAAAGAUCCCAUAGAAAUGUUUCAUUCUGGACAGCUGGUAAAAGUCUGUGCCCCAAUGGUUCGAUAUUCAAAGUUGGCUUUUAGGACACUAGUAAGAAAAUAUAGUUGUGAUCUGUGUUACACACCAAUGAUUGUUGCCGCUGAUUUUGUCAAAUCUAUAAAAGCCAGAGACAGCGAAUUUACCACAAAUCAAGGUGAUUGCCCAUUGAUUGUUCAGUUUGCUGCUAACGAUGCAAGACUUUUAUCUGAUGCUGCUCGUAUAGUCUGUCCUUACGCGAAUGGAAUAGACAUUAACUGUGGUUGCCCUCAGAGGUGGGCAAUGGCAGAAGGUUAUGGGGCUUGCUUAAUAAACAAGCCAGAGCUUGUUCGAGACAUGGUGAAACAAGUAAGAAAUCAAGUGGAAACCCCUGGAUUUUCAAUUUCUAUUAAAAUAAGGAUCCAUGAUGACCUUAAAAGAACUGUAGAUCUUUGUCGAAAGGCUGAAGCAACAGGAGUUUCCUGGAUUACAGUCCAUGGAAGAACUGCUGAAGAAAGACAUCAGCCGGUGCACUAUGAAUCCAUUAAAAUAAUUAAGGAAAAUAUGUCUAUACCUGUAAUUGCUAAUGGAGACAUCAGAAGCUUAAAGGAAGCAGAAAAUGUGUGGCGGAUUACUGGGACAGAUGGUGUGAUGGUUGCAAGAGGACUCUUAGCAAACCCGGCCAUGUUUGCUGGAUAUGAGGAAACCCCACUGAAAUGCAUCUGGGACUGGGUUGACAUUGCUCUUGAACUCGGGACUCCUUACAUGUGUUUCCAUCAACAUUUAAUGUACAUGAUGGAAAAGAUAACUUCAAGGCAGGAAAAAAGGGUAUUUAAUGCUCUGUCAAGCACAUCAGCAAUCAUAGAUUACCUUACAGACCAUUAUGGCAUUUGACUAGACUUCCCAAAUAAUUUUAAUAUAUACUUUUAGACCCAUAGUGAAACUACAGAAGGUCAUAUUUUGUACCUUAAACCAGUAGCUCUCAAAUUUUAGUAUAAAAACAAUCCCUGGGAGCGUUUUUUAAAAAUCAGUCAUAGACACCACCCUCAGAGAUUCUGAUUCGGUGGAUCUGGGGUAGACCCAGAAAUAUACAGUUUAAAGAAAACUCCCGGUGGUUCAAACAUCCUGAUCAUCCUUGGCAAACAUUGACAAAUACUGCUCUGAAUCCUGUUAUAUAGAUAUUGGGGGGAUGGGUAGAGUGGGAAUUUUUUCCUAAAGUAAUCAUGUUUUUAACAUUUUAAAAUAAAAUUUAAUACUAAGAAA